CAACAUGUUAACAUCACCAGAUCACCGCCCUUCUUUCCCCCCUGCUUUUGGCCUCAUCUCUCAUCAUCUCCCCGUCCGCACCUCACUCGAGCGAGGGAAUUGGACAGGAUGCGUCUGGCCUCCUCCACUCACCUCCGUUCGCGAUGAAGGCCUUUGGCAUCGCAUGUCUUUACUACUCCCUCUUUUCUCUCACAGGACUGGUAGGCUGUACGGUCCUUCCAGGAAACCCGCACAAUGAUCGUCGAGUGAGCCCUGGUCUUUUCGAAUCCCUAGAUGAACUGGCCCGGGUCGUGGAUAUCUCAUACUGCGUCGGCGUCACAGGGACGGGUAUUCAGAAACCAUUCGAAUGUCUGAGUCGAUGUGAUGAGUUUAAGGGAUUUGAAUUGGUUACGACAUGGAAUACCGGUCCCCUCAUCUCCGACUCAUGCGGCUACAUCGCCCUCUCUCAUCCACCGCAUGAGAAACGGAUCAUUGUCGCUUUUCGCGGCACGUACUCGAUUACAAAUACUAUCAUCGACCUCUCUGCCGUUCCGCAGGUGUACGUCCCAUAUCCGGGCCCCGACGACGGCAACGAUGACGACGGGGAUGACGCAGGAGAUCGCGACAAAUGCUCCAAUUGCACUGUACAUGCCGGUUUCCUCACCUCGUGGAAGACCGCACGUACCACUGUCAUUCCACAUGUGAAGGAUGCUCUGGCGCAGUAUCCUGAUUACAAGGUCGUGCUGGUAGGACACUCCCUAGGCGGCGCGGUAGCGGCCUUAGCAGGACUGGAAAUGCAGGUUCGUGGGUGGAACCCGCAGGUGACGACGUUUGGAGAGCCCAGAAUCGGAAACGAAGCGCUGGCGUCAUUUCUGGAUGAAAAGUUCAAUCUCACGGGACCGGGGAGCAGCAGUGGGGGACCAAAAAGCCGUUAUAUAUCUAUGAACGAUAUGAUUCUCCGGGACGGAGACGAAGAUAUUCAAUUCCGUCGAGUUACGCAUAUCAAUGAUCCCGUUCCUCUCCUCCCGCUCGAGGAAUGGGGAUACAAGAUGCACGCUGGUGAAAUCUAUAUUUCAAAAAUGGACCUUCCUCCCUCAGUCUCGGACCUGCAACAUUGCAAUGGGGACCAUGAUCCGCAUUGUAUCGUCGAGUCCGAACUAUCCUCCUCCACAAUACCGUCUGUGAUCGACGGUCUCUCACCGUUCUUACGCCGAAAUCCAAAAUCAAACAUCAGCCCCAUCCAGCAAUCACCCCUAUCCUUAAUCGACGCGGAGUCGAACCUAGACGAAUCCUCCGACAAAUUCAGAACAAAAUGGUCCCUCCUCCCCGCGCGAUACCGUCUAUGGGAACUCUUCCUUUCACACAGAGACUACUUCUAUCGUCUCGGCCUAUGUGUCCCCGGCGGCGACCCAAGUAAAUUUCGAGGAUGGGAAGAAAACGAAAAGUAAAAAAAAAAUUCAAGCAAUAUGGAUAAAGCCAGAAAAAAAACUCGGACAAUAAUAAUUCUUGCUCUUCCGUUUAACAUCGAGUAAGGCGGCGGGAAAAAAAAAAAGGAAAUUCGACACCAGUCGGAUUUGAACCGACGCCUCCGAAGAGAACAGAUUUCUAAUCUGUCGCCUUAGACCACUCGGCCAUAGUGUCUUGUCAUGUGAUAUGAGGAUGUGCAUACAUUGAUUCAUCAAAUCUUAAUUUUCGUUUUUUAAUUUACUGAAUGUCUUUUUUUGCCCUGGGCGUUGGUUGGUUGGGAGAUCGGACGGUUAAUGGGAUGGAAUAAUAAUGGGUGUGGUCGUUGCUUGCUGCUUAUUAUACCCGAUAAGUAUUAGUUAAGAGUACUAGUUAAGUAACUAAUAAUUGAUAAUAACUAU